AUGUCCGGCCGCAGAUGGGAUGGAGGCGGCGGCCGCGGGAUAGAGUCCGAGGAGGAGGAGGCCGGUGUCGGCCUCAUGUCCGGCGUGCAUGUCGCCGUCCGUCACCGCCGGGACGUCGUUGUCGAGGAGGAGGAGGAGGAGUCGUCGUUCGGCGGCCGGGCGCCCGUUGGAUACGGUGGCGGCGGCGGAGGUGGUUCGGGUGGCUGUGGCCGCGGUGGAAGUGGCGUUAAUGGCGGUGGUGGCGUCGGUGGCGGAAGUGGCGGUGGGUGUCCCGGGCCGUCGUCGUCCUCGUCCGCGUGCUGCCCCAACAACCGGACGUCCGGCGCCAAGCACGUGCUCGUUUGGAACCAGCCAGAACUGGAAGAUCUGACGGCCGCGGACAACCACAACGGGUACAGUCACCGGCCCGUGCCGGCCAAAGCAUGGAUCGGCUCCCGUCACAUCGUUACGUUCAUGUUGUUCCUCGGUAUGGCAAAUGCUUACAUAAUGAGGACGAACAUGUCCGUGGCCAUAGUGGCCAUGGUCAACCAGACCGCGCUGGAAAGGGAUCCGACCAUUCCAGACGACGAAUGCGAGGGCUACUACACGCCCGCCGCCAACACAACCGUACACAGCAUGUCCAACGAAGGAUCAUUCUUGUGGAGCACUUCCCAACAGGGCUAUGUGCUCAGUUCGUUCUUCUACGGUUACGUCAUAACGCAGAUACCGUUUGGGAUACUGUCGAAGAAGUAUGGCGCCAAGUAUUUCCUUGGCGUCGGUAUGCUCAUAAAUUCGGUGUUCGGCUUCUUGGUGCCGUUGUCUGCCAACUUUGGCAUUUUUUCCCUGAUCUCCAUACGUUUCAUUCAGGGGCUCGGAGAAGGUCCCAUAGUUCCUUGUACUCACGCCUUGCUAGCAAAAUGGAUCCCUCCGAACGAGAGGAGCCGAAUGGGAGCAUUCGUUUAUGCAGGAGCGCAAUUCGGCACAGUGAUUUCAAUGCCACUGAGUGGAGUGCUCUCGGAGUACGGGUUUGCCGGAGGAUGGCCAUCGAUAUUCUACGUGUUCGGCGCAAUCGGCACCCUGUGGUCAGUCGCAUUUUUGUAUCUCGUGCACGAGGACCCCGAAUCUCACCCGACCAUACCGCACGACGAGAGGAAAUACAUUAUUAGUUCCGUUUGGGGAGCUGCCGGUGUGUCUUCUCCUCCCGUGCCGUGGAGAAGCAUAUUAAAGUCGGCUCCGUUCUGGGCCAUAUUGGUCGCUCACAUGGGUCAAAAUUACGGAUACGAAACGCUCAUGACCGAGCUGCCGACUUUCAUGAAACAAGUGUUGCACUUCAAUAUAAAAGCUAACGGAACGUACUCAUCACUGCCGUACCUCGCCAUGUGGGUGUUCUCAAUGGUGGCCAGCCAUAUAGCCGACAUGAUGAUCUCCUCGGAGAGGUUCACGCACACAGUCACGCGCAAAAUCGUCAACUCUAUCGGUCAAUUUGGUCCAGCGAUAGCGCUGAUCGCCGCGUCCUACACGGGUUGCGACCCGUACCUGACUGUUGCCAUACUGACCGUUGGUGUGGGUCUUAACGGUGCCAUUUACUCGGGAUUCAAAGUCAACCAUCUGGACAUAUCGCCGCGAUUCGCCGGAAUACUGAUGAGUCUGACCAAUUGUCUGGCCAACUUGGCCGGUCUGUUGGCCCCGAUCGUCGCCGGCUACGUUAUUGACAAAAGGCCCACCCAGGCAGCCUGGAGAGUGGUGUUCAUAACGUCGGCGGUCGUGUACAUGGUGUGCUGUACGAUUUACCUGGUGUUCGGCAACGGCACCCGUCAGCCGUGGGACAAUCCGUCCAACGACCAAAUGAACUUGGAGCACAAGAAAAACAAGAAGAAGAACAAGAUGGCCAUGGACAUCGAGGACACCGUUCAGUGA